AUGAAAGAGGUAUCUUAUAAUCAUUUGAAAAUUGAUAAUUUUCCCUCUUUGUGCAAUGAUUCUGAGAGGAAGGAUAAAAGAAGAAUGUUGAAUGAAAAGGGUGAUAAAGAGAAUAAUCACACAAUGAUGAACCUGGAUGAUGGAUGUGCAGUUUUGUUAAAUACCCCUGGCUCUUCUUGUGUUACUGCAAAGACACCUUUGUCCAACCAAUCCAUUCCCUCUAAUGGAUCCCCAGAGUAUAAGCCUGCAAAUAUUCAGUCCAGCCGCGGUUUUUUGCAAAAUUGUAUGUUGCAAAGCCCUGGCAAUUAUACUGCUACUACAAGAAGCCCGCUCUCCAACAUUUCCAACUCUGCAAAUGCUUCUAAAGCUAAUGAAGUUUCAAAUUUGACAGUAGCUUAUAAGCCUGCAAAUAUUCAGUCCAGCCGUGGUUUUUUGCAAAAUGGUAUGUUCAACAGCCCUGUCAAUUAUUCUGCUACUACACGAAGCCCACUCUCCACCAUUUCCAACUCUGCAAAUGCUUCCACAGGCGUCUUCAUUAACCCUGGUUCUUCCUUCUUUACAAAUACUACAAGGCCUUUGUCUACAGUUAGUCUAAAUCCUCUUUCCCCACUAUCAAAGAAUCAAGGAAGUAGUGCUUUUGCAAAUACUCCGGUUGCUGCUUCUUCUAUCACUCAAUGUUCUCCGUUAACCACCUCUACAACAGCUGGGCAAAAAAGACCAGCUCCCAAUCGAGGAGCACCCUCCACACCGGUAAGGACCAAGAACAAAAAAAGCAAGACGGUGGAUACGGAGACUUUGACACAGAGCACCACAUGUUUGUUUGGAGAGGACGAAGGCCCAGAGUUGAACAAUGCACAACCUGAUGUUGUCACUGAGGAUUGUGAACUCAUUUACGAUGGUGAUUUGCUUAGUGAUUCUGAUAUUGAUGAUGAAGACAUUAUUAAUGAGCAGGGAGAUUCAAUGUUUUCAGAUGGAGUUCCUACUCAAGAAGGUUAUUGCAGCUUGGGUCCUCCAACUGCAGUGUGCCAACAUUGCCAUGCAAUCAUGUGGAAAGAAGAGCGUGUCAACAAGAACGUUAUAAAAGGAACCCAUGAAUUCUCCACAUGUUGUGGUAAGGGCCAGAUAAAACUUCCAAAAGCGCCUCCUACACCCUCAUUCCUACAUCAAGUUUAUAAUGAUCCAAAGAAGGCCAAGAAAUUCAGGAACAAUAUUAGGAUGUACAAUACAAUGUUCGCUUUUACCUCAAUGGGUGGAAAAGUGGACCAUUCAAUUAAUAACGGUUCAUCACCAUACAUAUACCGUCUUAAUGGUCAGAACCAUCACGUUUUCGGUUCGCUGAUACCCAACGAAGGAGAUGACCCCAAGUUCUGCCAACUCUACAUUUACGACACGGAAAAUGAAUUACAGAAUAGACUGAAGUGGGUAAAGGUUGAUGAUGGGAAGAUAGUUGAUACUGAGAUUGUCAAAGGUUUGUUGGACAUGCUUGAUUCCACUAAUGAGCUGGUUCCUUUCUUCCGCAUGGCCCGUGAGAGGUUCAAAGAUCAACCUGUACAAGAUCUUAAAAUUGUAAUGAAGGUAUCUCGUGCAGCAAGCGGAAGAGAGAAUUUCAUUGGCCCUUCAAACGAAGUCGGUGCAAUCAUGGUUGGUGAUUUGGAAGAUACAUGUGGCGAAAGAGAUAUCAUCAUUGAAUCCAAGAGUCACGGUCUAGAGCGUAUUUCAGAUAUACAUCCUAAACUCAUGGCCUUGCAAUACCCUCUUCUUUUUCCAUGCGGCGAGGAUGGAUAUCACGAUGAUAUCCCUUAUUCGGAGACCCAAAAAAAUUCAGCAAAGAAGCGUCAAAGAGUGACCAUGAAGGAGUAUUACUCAUAUAGGUUACAAGUUCGGAAUGAUGAAGGGAACACUCCAAGGUUGGGAGGCAGAUUGUUCCAACAAUAUAUUGUUGAUGCUUUUUCUGCUAUUGAGCAAGCCCGGUUGUGGUGGUUUCGUACUCACCAAACCACUCUGCGUAAUGAUCUUUACUCUAACAUGCGCACAAGGUUGCGAAAUGGUGAGGAUUGUACCACUAAUGUCGGUAAGGGCUUUAUACUCCCUGCAAGUUUCUUAGGUUCUAAACGGUACAUGCAAGAAAAUUUCCAAGAUGCACUUGCCGUAUGUCGUUACAUUGGUCAUCCGGAUAUAUUCCUGACUAUGACCACUAACCCUUUGUGGGAUGAGAUAGUUCAGAUGAUGAAGAACAUGCCUGAUUGUUUGACAGUAGACUGCCCUGACAUAAUAGCACGGGUUUUCAAACUAAAGCUUGAUCAAAUUGUGGAUGAUAUUAAGAAGAAAUCAUAUUUUGGAAACUGUGUUGCACUUAUGUAUGUUGUCGAGUUCCAGAAAAGAGGCUUGCCGCAUGUCCAUAUGCUUAUAUGGUUAGAUUCUGAUUCGAAGAAAAAAUUGAGCUCCAAUGUAGAUCAGUUUGUUUCCGCUGAAAUUCCAGACCCAGAGAUAGAUGCAGUUGGCUAUGCUGCUGUUGCUAGGCAUAUGAUGCACGGACCAUGUGGUAGGGAUAACACUAAAUCACCAUGUAUGAAGAAUAUGAAAUGUACAAAACAUUUCCCUAAGCAGUAUUCAGCCCAAACAUAUUUUGAUCAAUCUGGCUUCCCCGUGUAUAGACGACGCAAUACUGGAAUCACUGUCAAAAAGGGGAAGGUGGAGCUCGAUAACCAAUAUGUUGUUCCAUACAACAGGGAUUUGCUGGUAAAGUAUCAGUGUCACAUGAACGUCGAAAUUUGUUGUCAUGCACGUUCUCUGAAAUAUCUAUUCAAAUAUUGUCUCAAAGGACACGAUCGCGCCACAGUGGAGGUUUCCUCAAGAAAAAAACAACAUGUUGAUACCAAUGCUCCUGUAGAUGAAAUACAGCAAUAUUUUGAUGGGAGGUACAUCUGUGGUUGUGAGGCUGCAUAUCGUAUAUUCGGGUAUGAUGUCCAUUAUCGUUCAAUUUCAGUGCUUCGACUCUCAUUUCAUCUCCCAGGUGCACGUAAUUGUACCUUUAAAGAGGAUGAAAAUUUGAAGAAAGUGAUAGAAAGAGAAAAAUAUAAGCAUAGUCAACUUGAAGCUUUUUUCUUAUUAAACCAGAGGGAUGCAAAUGCUAGGAACUACACUUAUGAUGAACUGCCAAGAUAUUAUGUGUGGAACGAGGCUGAUAGGAUAUGGACAGUGCGCAAGAGAGGGAGCCAAGUAGGAAGGCUUUAUUAUACACAUCACAGUUCUGGAGAGAUAUGGUAUUUACGUCUGUUACUUACAAAGGUGCGCGGCCCGACUUCUUUUGAUUCUCUAAAAACUGUAGCUGGUGUUGUUUAUAGAACAUUUAAAGAAGCAUGUCAGAAAUAUGGAUUGUUGGAUGAUGAUAAUGAAUGGCAUGAGGUUUUAGAAGAAUGUUCAAAAUCAGGUUUUCCACCACAGAUUCGAGAGCUAUUUGUUCACAUAAUGGUAAAUUGUCAAGUUAGUGAUCUUGGAAUGUUAUGGUUAAAGCACUGGAAAGCUAUGACUGACGAUAUUAUAAUGCAACGUCGGAACCAGACUGGAAUUAGAGACUCUUCCAUAGACGACAAGCAGCUUCAAUGGAUGGUUUUGGGAGCUAUUGAUAAGCUACUACGUUCAAUUGGUAAGUCUCUAAAACAAUUCCGCCAGCUACCGCAACCUCCAGCAGCCUUUCUACAAACUGGUGCUGAUAAUUUGAUUGUUGAGGAAACAAGUUACAAUGUUGGUGAGAUGGAACAACAAUUCAGUCAGCUUUACCCUAAUUUGAAUAAGGAGCAACUGCAGGUUUAUAAUGAAGUUUUCAACGCUGUGCAAGCUGGAAAUGGUGGAAUAUUUUUUGUUUAUGGCAGCGGUGGCUGUGGUAAGACAUACAUCUGGAAAACGUUGAUAUACCGGUUAAGGUCCAUGGGUAAGAUUGUGCUUCCAGUUGCAUCAUCCGGGAUAGCUGCUACUCUUAUGCCAGGAGGAAGGACAGCACACUCCAGGUUUAAGAUUCCUAUUCUGUUGGAUGAUUAUUCAUCCUGUUCAAUUACUCAGGACUCUGAUAUCGCUCAACUAAUUAAAUCUACCAGCCUUAUCAUAUGGGACGAGGCUCCUAUGCAGCAUCGACAUGCUUUCGAAUGCCUUGAUCGUUCACUCCGUGAUAUUAUGAAAUCAGUAAGUCCGGAAAGAGCUGAAAUGCAUUUUGGUGGUAUACCUAUUCUACUAGGUGGUGAUUUUAGACAGAUUCUCCCGGUCAUCAAUCUUGGUUCAAGGCCUGAAAUUGUCAAUGCCUGUAUUACAAGAUCAAGGAUAUGGCGUGCAGCGAAGAUAAUCAUAUUGAAACAAAAUAUGCGCCUUGGACAGGGCAGUACAGAAGAAGAAAGAGAAUCCUUGAGACUUUUUGCUGAGUGGGUUCUCAAGGUUGGUGAUGGAAAUCUUCUAACUCCUGAUGAUGUAUUACUUCAGUAUGGUGAAGAUGCUAUUGUUAUCCCAGCAGAUCUCUGUGAUACCGAGACAUCCAACACGGUAGAUAAUUUGAUCAAAUGGACUUAUCCAGACUUCUCUACCAAUUACAAAUCUCCAAAGUAUAUAAGUGAAAGGGCAAUUUUAACCCCAACUAAUAACACAGUUGGCCACCUCAAUUCUGUUAUUGUGGAUACAAUUCCUGAUGAGACUUUCUCAUAUUUCAGCAGUGACAAGGCAGAAGAAUUUGGGGGAACUGCUUCUGAUCUUAACCUCGCAUUCCCACCUGAAUAUCUUCAUUCUUUGAACGUUCCUGGACUACCACUUCAUGAAAUGAAACUCAAGGUUGGUGUUGCGGUGAUGCUCAUGAGGAAUCUAAACCAAACUCUUGGCCUAUGUAACGGGACAAGAAUGAUGGUCACUAAAUGCAUGAGAUAUUGUGUUCAAUGUGAAGUCAUUUGUGGUGCAUUUGUCGGUACGAGACAUUUCAUUCCUAGGAUGGAACUAUUCCCCACUGAAACAAAGCUUCCUUUCAAGUUAAUACGCAAGCAAAUGCCUUUACAAAUUUGUUACUCUAUGACAAUUAACAAGUCACAAGGACAAUCUUUGGAGAGAGUUGGUCUAUUUUUGCCCAAUUCUGUAUUUACUCAUGGAGCGGUCAGCAGAGUUACAUCACGGGAAGGACUCAAAAUCUUCAUUGACUCCAAUUCUGGUGAUCCAACAAGCAUAACAGACAACAUAGUUUACAAAGAAGUCUUCUAUAACCUUCCUAAAGUUUAA